AUGGCAGCAGAAAGUCUCAUUCCAACAAGCAAUGCACACGACAUUGCGCUGACCACCAUGUUGCGACUUUCAAAUGCUUCAUCGAACAGCCUCGCUAUCUCCUCCCCAUUGUGCUGCCUUGGAUACGGGGAAGAGGACCCAGCACCCACCCGUCCAAAGGCAUUCCACCUUAUCCUUGGGCUCUGUGCCGUGCAGGCAGCGUGUGAUCUUAAAGCCGAAAUUAGUGUGCUGUUUAGCUUUACUGAAUCCUCUGCGACGGACCUGAACUGCCAGUCAGCUCACUCACGGAACGAGGACGCCAAGGAUGCUACCCAUCAGGGUGAGGCCGAAAAGCUUUUCAACCGAGCUUUCACAGCACACCAUGUCCAGUAUUGCCAGCACGAACCGCAAGGGUGCGGAGUACAUCCGUCUCACCAUCAGCUGGGACGGGAAGAGAUGUCCCAUAGCGAGAUCAAAUGUCCCGUUCUGAAUAUAAUAAAUACCCAAGAGAAGGUUACUGCCCAGGACAGCACUUGA